AUGUCACAGUAAUUGCAUGACCCAUCCGGAAAUAAGUAAAAACCACUUGAACACUAUUAGCAUUUAGUCGAGUCAGAACAAAUUUAGCAAUUAGAUGAGCACUUACCACACUUAUCUCCAUUCAAAGAAUAUUUGUAAAAUCCAUUUUGUACGUCACAGUAAUUGCAUGACCCAUCUGGAAAUAAAUAAAAACCACUUGAACACUGUUAGCAUUUAGUCGAGUCUGAACAAAUUUAGCAAUUAGAUGAGCACUUACCACACUUAUCUCCAUUCAAAGAAUAUUUGUAAAAUCCAUUUUGUACGUCACAGUAAUUGCAUGAUCCAUCUGGAAAUAAAUAAAAACCACUUGAGCACUGUUAGCAUUUAGUUGAGUCUUAACAAAUUUAGCAAUUAGAUGAGCACUUACCACACUUAUCACCAUUUAAAGAAUAUUUAUAAUAUCCUUUUUAUAUGUCACAGUAAUUGCAUGACCCAUCCGGAAAUAAGUAAAAACCACUUGAACACUAUUAGCAUUUAGUCGAGUCCGAACAAAUUUAGCAAUUAGAUGAGCACUUAUCACACUUAUCUCCAUUCAAAGAAUAUUUGUAAAAUCCAUUUUGUAUGUCACAUUAAUUGCAUGACCCAUCAGGAAAUAAAUAAAAACCACUUGAGCACUGUUAGCAUUUAGUUGAGUCUUAACAAAUUUAGCAAUUAGAUGGACACUUACCACACUUAUCUCCAUUUAAAGAAUAUUUAUAUUAUCCAUUUUAUAUGUCACAAUAAUUGCAUGACCCGUCCUGA